AUGAAAAACGGCGUGUGGGGCCCAUUAGAAGGCCAACGAGGAUGGUGGAUGGCAGCGUUAUUGGUGGCGGCCAUUGGUGUCUCAAGUCCAAAUGUCGAGGCUUUCCAGGUUAGCAGUCCCCACGCUGUCAUUCCGAGCUCCCGAAAGGGAACAGUAGCACUUUCAAGUGGAGUGUCAUCCAACUACAACAGAAAUACGAUUGACGAUUCCAAGGUUUCAACUGGCCUUGGGGCUCACGAAAGAAGAAGGAGUCCAUCCCCUGUGACACCAUCGCGAAUGUUUCUCAAGGCUGGGCAGUUGCACUCUCAGCCUUUUGCAUCAUUGUCAUCGGACUUUUUUGACACCCCUGGGGUGUCUACCACAUCAUCAAAAACGACAACAAGCAGUCUUUUGGCUGAUCAAAUGUUGGAUGUCCUGCUACCUCGAAGGGAUCGGGGUAUCCUGGGCUUUUCCAUUCAAGACCACGGAGACAAAAUAGUGCCAUCUGGCAAUUCACCUCCUUCCGUAUCAGAGACAUCCACUUCUCUACACUCGUCGACGGACCACUCUCAAGAGCGACAACUGUUCCAGUGGUCAGAUGCCGAUCUACAAGUUUGGAAUGUCCCGGAAGCUCUGGACGAAGAAUGGCUGGUGCCGUCGAGUGAUAACAGCAUGCACCACAAUCCAAUUCUCAAUCGAUCACCCAACAAAAACAACGUAGAAAAAGAGGAUUCCAGCGCCACUGCCCCGGCCUGGUUCCCUUGGAUGCCAUCCAUUACUCAAAUUCAGGCCCUCAAGGUUCGGGAACUUAAGCGGAUUUGUGCUGAUCGAGGACUGAAGCAGAUGGGCAACAAAGCGGAGCUCCAACAGCGACUCUGGGAUUGGACACGUACGCAACAACAUCGCCAAAGGCGUCUGAUGAUUGGAAGCAACAGCCUUGGCAAUUCAGUUGCCGGUAGAAAGCUCCGAAUAGAAUCCACCACUAGGGAUCUUUUGGACAAACAAGACACAACGGACGACGUUUCUAGUCCUUCUAGUCUAGAAGAGUGGGCUAGGACCUACAACAUUGAGCCGUUGCUUCAGAGGCGAGAGCAGAUUCACAAGGAGAAGCGAGAGGGCAAGCCUGUAAAAAAGAAACCAGGCACAAAGUCACGUAGGCGUUCCUAUCCUAUCAACCCUUCCAAGGAGUAUCUGUCCAAGCUUUUUGACGCCCCGUCGUCUCAGUACUCAAACUUUGAAGUCAAAGAAAUGUAUGCUGCUGCAAAGACCGCCGACAAGAACGGAGACCGUGUGCUUUGCAAACAGAUUCUGCACAAGCUGAAGGAAGCAACGCCACAUGAUGGACGCAUCCACCGUCGUUUGGCUCGAAUGGAAAUGGAGGAAGGCAAUGUGUACCAAGCCAGAGAAAUCCUUCAAGAUGGAUUGCGAUCUAACCCCGACAACGCCUACUUGUGGCAUGGUCUGGGGCUGCUCGAGGUGAAGGCUGGCAACGACGAUGCCUCUAGCAAGUGUUUCAUGAAGGCGAUCCAGUUGGACCCUGCGUUCCCGAAUGCCUACCAUGCAUGUGCCACCAGGGAACACACGAAAGGACACAUUGCCAAUGCCAUGAAGCUCUUGAAGGCGGGACUUCAGUAUUGUCCGACUAAUCAUCGCCUGCACCAUGCACUUGGCGACCUCUACCGAGAAGCCAAAUUGCUUGACAUGGCCGAGAAAAGCUUUCGACGUGCGUUAGAGCACAGCCCCGAAGUGAGCCGUUCGUUUGCUUACACGUCGUUGUCGCAUGUUGCCUACGAACUGGGCGAUAUUCAGGCUUGUCGGUCUUGGCUUCGAAAGGCCAUCAACUUGAACAAUGGGCGUAGUGCCAAGGGAUGGCUUUCCAUGUCCCGCCUUGAGGAAAGCGAAGGCAACAUCGAUGCGGCACGAUCAGUGUGUAUCGCAGCGCUGAACAUGUACGAGAAGGGCCUGCUAAGCCGAAGCAGGCGACCAGGUUCGGAGAAUACCUCGAAGCAGGAGGGGAUGUUGCUAGAGUCUGCUCGUUUCCAGGACCCAGUGCAGCUGAAGAACCAUCUGUUGGAGUCGGUGCCAAAGUACAGAUCAGGCGAUCACUUCUUAAAGGUUUACCGCAACUGGGCUCGUUUGGAGGAGAACCAUGGGACCACAGAGACGGUCGACGAUGUAUACAACCGAGCGUCACUUGCGUUUCCAUGGGAGUGGAGAGUCUCUCUUGAUUGGGCCAAGUAUCAUGUCGAUCAAUGGGCCUCCUGCCGGGUCAGCUGGCGAUUCGAUCGCGCCCGCUUGCUUUUUAAUGAAGCCUGCAACAAAGCAUCGAAUAAGCAUGCAGAUCCCUAUCGGUUAUAUGCCGAAUUUGAGAUGAGCCAGGGCAUGUACGAGGAAGCGAGGAAAAUCCUUUAUCAUGGUGCCCUUGUCAUAUCGGAUUCAUCUGACGGUGGUAUGGGUAACCAAAGGGGAAUGGCGGAGCUCUACCAUACUUGGGCUGUUUGUGAAUGGUACCUCAACAACCUCUCGAGAGCCGAAGUUCUUUUCGAUCAUGCUCUGAGGCUUACGAAAGCCGGAGAGGAAGGUUCGUCAUUGCGCUCGUCCAUUCUGUACUCGAUCGCCCAACUGGAGUAUGAGGUCGGCGAGUACCAUCUGGCACAGCACUGUGUAUGUCUGUGUUUGAAGGAAAACGCGUUACCCGGAGGGAAUGCGAGAGUUUGGGAACUGUGGGCCAAAGUCGCCGAAGAACUGGGAGAUGAAGAUCUCUCUGAAAAAUGCUGGGAACAGGCUAGUCUGGUCGAGACCGCUGUUGACGAUUUCGACGCGACGAGUCUUUCCGUGCUACGAGCACUGUCGGACCCAGGGUCGGCCACGAUGAAAGAAGCAGACAUGCAGAAGCUGAUGCGGAAGGAUCCCUGGCAUUACAGGAUUGUUGAUGUUGAGAGGAAGCGCAGCAAAUUGUUUGGAGUCACGCUCCCUCCCGAAAGAGAAGAGUUGCAGGAUUGA